AUGUCUCGCCAGUGUGCUGUGAGGAAUCAGAGCAAAGCCGGCUUCAGCGCUGCUUCUGCCUUCAUCCCCAACGCCAGCAGCGCCAGCUUCUGCUUACGUUCUGCACCCCAAGGUGGAAGCUGCAGUCCUGCCGCUGGGUAUGGAAGGUUUGCUGGAGGUUUUGGAAGCAGGAGCCUCUAUAGUCUUGGUGGUUGCAAGAGGAUCUCCUUAGCUGGAAGAGGUGGUGGCUUCUACGGACCUGCAGGUUUUGGUGCUGGCACUGGGAUGUCCUGUGGUUUUGGUGGUGCCUUCGGGUUCGGUGGUGUCAUGGGUGGCCCUGGAUUCCCUGUUGUCCCAGCUGGGGGCAUCCAUGAAGUCUCAGUCAACCAGAGCCUCCUGAAACCUCUCAACCUGGAGAUUGACCCCAACAUCCAGAGCAUCCGUAAAGAUGAGAAGGAUCAGAUUCAAACCCUCAACAAUAAAUUUGCCUCCUUCAUUGACAAGGUCCGAUUCCUUGAACAACAAAACAAGGUGUUAGAGACCAAGUGGGCCCUUCUGCAAGAACAGGGGAACAAAACAGUCAGGAACAACAUUGAGCCCCUCUUUGAGACCUACAUCAACAACCUCAGGAGACAGCUGAACAGCUUGCUGGCAGACAAGGAGAACUUGGGAGGGGAGCUGAGCAAGGUGCAAAGCCUUGCUGAGGACUUCAAGAACAAAUACGAAGAGGAGAUCAACAAGCAUACAGCUGUGGAGAACGAGUUUGUGGUCCUGAAGAAGGAGGUUGAUGCUGCCUACAUAAACAAGACAGAGCUGCAAACCAGGCUGGACUCCCUUGUGGAGGAGAUCAAUUUCCUCAGAGCCCUCUAUGAAGCUGAGCUGUCUCAGAUGCAGACCCAGAUCUCCGACACCUCUGUCAUCCUCACCAUGGACAACAACCGCAGCCUGGACAUGGACAGCAUCAUUGCGGAGGUCAAGGCGCAGUACGAGGACAUCGCCAACCGGAGCCGGGCAGAGGCUGAGGCUUGGUACCAGAGCAAGUACGAAGAGCUGCAGGCUACGGCAGGCAGGCACGGGGACGACCUCCGUAGCACCAAGCAGGAGAUCUCCGAGCUCAAUCGCCACGUCCAGCGACUGCGGUCUGAGAUUGACAGCGUGAAGAAACAGUGCACCAGUUUGCAGACAGCCAUCGCGGAUGCUGAGCAGCGUGGGGAGAUGGCCGUCAAAGAUGCCAGGGCCAAACUGGCCGAGCUGGAGACAGCCCUGCAGAAAGCCAAGGCAGAGCUGGCCCUGCAGCUCCGCGAGUACCAGGAGCUGAUGAACGUCAAGCUGGCCCUGGACAUCGAGAUCGCGACCUACAGGAAGCUCCUGGAGGGCGAGGAGUGCAGGCUCUCUGGAGAAGGUGCCAGCACAGUGAAUAUCUCCGUGACCAGAACUGCUGUAGGAACAGGCUAUGGAAGUGGAAACUGUCUUGGCUUCGGAGGCGCCAGCGUUGCUGGUGAGGUCUGUGCUGGAGGAAUGGGCUUCAGCUCUGGAAGUGGACAAGGCACAUCCGGGUCGUGCGUGGUCGGUGGAAGCAGUUCCAGCACGAAGUACAUCUCCACCAUCUCUUCCACCAAGGGGUGUUACUAA